AUGGCAAGAGAUCAACAAGCACCCAAGUUAUGCGGGCAGCUUCUUUCCGGGCCGAUGCUCGACGACCGAAACACAACCGUCUCGGCACAGCAGUCCCUUGAUUUAAAUGAUGGAUCUUACGACACAACCCAGAAUCGAACAGCGUGGGGUUUUGUACUGGGGGAUCGUGCUGCGGGCUCCGAUGUCAGCUGCUACAACGUUGCACCAGCCAGAGCACAUGAUCUUUUUCGGCUCCCGCAAGCUUAUAUUGAUGUUGGGUUGAAUAAGCUAUUCAGGGAUGAGGCUGUGGCUUACACACUGAGAAUGUGGGAAGGCGGAUCCCAAGCCGAUUUGCACGUCUGGGCUGGAGGGUGCCUGUAA